AUGGUGACAAACCUGCUGAUAACAGGUAUGGUGAAGAACCUGCUGAUAACAGGUAUGGUGAAGAACCUGCUGAUAACAGGUAUGGUGAUGAACCUGCUGAUAACAGCACAAGAGCCAGCUCUUCCACCACCUCGUUUGAGCACAAGAGCCCGCUCUAGCACCUCUUCCGCCUCCUCCUCCCUCUCCCGUUCCCCAAAUUCCUCCCUAUCCCCCUCCCUCACUUCCUCCCUCUCCCCCUCCCUCACCUCCUCCCUCUCCCCCUCCCUCACCUCCGUUACCCCCACCCCCACCCCCUCCUCCCUACCCUCCUCCCCCUCCCCGCCCCCCCUCCCUCAUCUCCCGCCGUUCCCCAGCUCCUCCUCCCAAACCUCGUAA